AUGUCUUUUGGUAAACUGUUGCGGUUGUCUCCUUACUCUCUCAAAGAUUUUGAAAAUGCAAUUAGCCACAAGGAAAGCAAUGUAGUUCUUCUAGUGGAAUCUCAUGUAGUACUCUUACUAGUGCUCAUCAAAGGUGAUGAUGAAUACUCUGCAGCUGUUCUGGAAAAAAUACAGAAGAAGAGUGAAUAUUUUGAUUGGGAGAUGGAGAAAUGGCAAAUUCGUACAAGUCCCUUAGGUAAGGACAAAUAUUAUAAUAGGUAUUGGUGGUUUCACCGUGAUGGGAGGAUAUUUGUUGAAAGUUCUGACUCCAAGGUAUCAGGAGUCUACAGUAGCCAAGAAGAGCUUUAUGCAUUGAUGAGUUCACUGAAUUGCAAAGGUGUAAGGGAAAGGUCACUGCAUAAACAAUUGGAAAAAUAUUAUAAUAGAAUAUGCUCUGAACUGCAGAAAAGUUCAAAGGAUUUGGUGCAUAAGGUUGCCCAGGAUGACUCUAUGGUCCGAAGGUCUACUCGUGUUUGGGCUCCACCUAGGGAAAAUCCUUCCAAAGCUUUCGUCAAAUAUGCCAAUGACACAUUAAGAAGAAUUGGAAAGGGAUCGCGAGGUCAUGUUGUUGUAUUGCCUACUGUUGUUGUCAAUAAUCGACAAUAUCGAGAUGUGGAGACAAAUGAGUGCUUGACAAACAAUGGUGGUUGCUGGAAGGAUAAUUUAGAUGAAGCACUAUUAGAGAAUGAAUUUAGAUGA